UCUCUACGAGUCUUAACAGUCUAAAUCCAAAAGCCACUACCACAUUGGCUUUUCUUGCCUUUUGUUUAUGUGCUUCCUAUGCAAUUGUCUAUGUCUGCUACUUCUGCUCCCUCUUCUCAGUACCUGCAAAUGGGGGUGGAAUCAUACGUUGAAUUUCUUGUUAUUAUUUAAUAUUCUUCUCUCUUUCUACUCUCUUCCUUCUUUUCUUAUCUUUAAAUCCUCUCUGGGUAUCCUCCUGAGCAUGACUUUCUUGUUCUUUUCUAUUCAUCAAGUUCCACUCUUUCCUUGUGUUAACUCUAUGGUGCCCCUCCAAAUAUCAAUUCUUUUUCAUAAUUUGACCUCUUCUUCAUGAUAUUAUAGCUUCCACUUUCUGGGGGUUUUUGCUUUUUUUAAGUUCACUCAGUGACACACUCUUUGCCUCCUUUAAAGUUGUGAAUUUUGCUUUUGGUGGCUUCCUCUCUUACUUCCACUUGAGUCUCACUAGAACCUACUGCACUAGCUGUUCAUGGAAAUUGAUCUGAACCAUGAAGUGACUGAGGUUGAGAAGAAUGCAUUCUGUGAUAGGGAAUGUGAGAAAGGUGCUUGUGUCAGAUGUUGGUCCUCUUCAACUUGUUCGUCUUCUAGUUCCUCUUCAGCUCUUGUGUCUUCCUCUUACCUUGAGCUUUGGCAUGCUUGUGCUGGCCCUCUCACUUCUCUUCCUAAGAAAGGAAAUGUGGUGGUCUAUUUUCCACAAGGUCACUUAGAACAAGUUGCCUCUUUCUCUCCUUUCACACCAUUGGAGAUUCCCACCUAUGAUCUUCAGCCACAGAUCUUUUGCAGGGUUGUCAAUGUCCAACUACUUGCCAACAAGGAGAAUGAUGAGGUUUAUACUCAGGUUACUUUGCUUCCUCAGUCUGAGUUGUCAGGGAUGAACUCUGAGGGCAAAGAAGUUGAGGAAAUGGGAGCAGAAGAAGAGAGUGAUGAAAGAUCACCAACAAAAUCAACCCCUCACAUGUUCUGCAAAACACUAACUGCUUCUGAUACAAGCACUCAUGGGGGCUUCUCAGUUCCUCGUAGAGCUGCUGAAGACUGUUUUCCUCCUUUGGAUUAUAAGCAGCAGAGACCCUCACAAGAGCUUGUUGCAAAAGACCUGCAUGGUGUGGAGUGGAAAUUUCGUCACAUUUACAGAGGUCAGCCAAGGCGUCAUCUACUCACUACUGGGUGGAGUAUUUUUGUAAGCCAAAAGAAUCUUGUUUCUGGUGAUGCGGUGCUCUUUCUAAGGGGCGAAAAUGGUGAAUUGAGAUUGGGAAUCAGAAGAGCUGUUCGACCCAGAAAUGGUCUUCCUGAAUCAAUUAUUGGUAGCCAGAACUGCUAUCCCAAUUUCCUUUCUUCUGUGGCAAAUGCAAUAUCCACCAAAAGCAUGUUUCAUGUUUUCUACAGUCCAAGAGCAAGUCACGCGGAUUUUGUUGUUCCAUACAAAAAAUAUGUUAAAAGCAUCAAGAAUCCAAUGACCAUUGGUACAAGAUUCAAAAUGAGAUUCGAAAUGGACGAAUCUCAAGAAAGAAGGUGUAGUGGUGGCACUUUGAUUGGAACGAGUGAUUUGGAUCCCUAUAGAUGGCCUAAAUCAAAAUGGAGGUGCUUGAUGGUCAGAUGGGAUGAGGAUAUUGAGACUAAUCAUCAAGACCGAGUGUCUCCAUGGGAGAUUGAUCUUUCUGCUCCUUUGCCUCCCUUGAGCAUUCAGUCUUCCCCAAGACUGAAGAAACUGAGGACAGGUCUACAAGCUGCCUCACAGAGUCACCUCAUCACUGCAGCAGGAGGCAGUGGAUUGGUGGGCUUUGAGGAGUCUGUAAGAUCACCUAAGGUCUUGCAAGGUCAAGAAAAUGCAGGUUUUGUGUCACUCUACUAUGGAUGUGACACCGUAACCAACCGGCCAGGUUUUGAGAUGAGUUCUCCAAGUCAUCCAAAUCUUGCAUCAGCUGGAGUAAGAAAGGUUCCGUCUUCUGAGCUUAGUAGUGUUCACCCUUUCAGCUAUGCAGGCUUCAUGGAAACUAACAGGUUUCCAAGGGUCUUGCAAGGUCAAGAAAUGUGUCCAUUGAAAUCCCUGACAGGAAAGGUUGAUUUGAACCUUGGUGCUUGGGGAAAACCCAACCUAAGUUGCACAACUUUCAAUCUUCAUCAGGCAACCAAACCAAACUUUCAAUCACCAUAUUUUCCUUAUGGUGAUAUUCACCAAACUGGUCAAGCUAGCUUGUUUUGCUCAAAAAGCACCAGUUUCCAAAGAGAGAAUGUCCCAUAUAACAGUCCAUCUACUAAGGCAGGGAUCAUUAUAAAUGAAGUUGGAAGAUCAGAUCUCCCAAAUGAGCAUAAGCUGCAGGACAAUAUUUCUGCUGCUGCUGCUUCAUUAGGGGCUGCAAGUAUGGCGAUUCCAAAUGACAACAAUGUUCAGGGAAAGGUAAAUGCCUGCAAACUAUUCGGGUUUCCUUUGUCUGGGGAAACUACUAAUCAAAAUUCACAGAACAGUGCUAAAAGGAGUUGCACAAAGGUUCACAAGCAAGGCAGCUUAGUUGGAAGAGCCAUUGAUCUCUCAAGAUUGAGCGGCUACAAUGAUCUGCUGAGUGAACUAGAGAGACUAUUUGGCAUGGAAGGCCUUCUAAAAGAUCCUGAUAAAGGAUGGAGGAUCCUGUACACUGACAGUGAGAAUGACAUAAUGGUUGUUGGGGAUGACCCUUGGCAUGAGUUUUGUGAUGUGGUGUCCAAGAUCCAUAUAUAUACUCAAGAAGAAGUGGAAAAGAUGACAAUUGGGAUGAUAAGUGAUGAUACUAACAGCUGUUUGGAACAGGCACCAGUGAUUAUGGAGGCUUCAAAGUCUUCCUCGGUGGGUCAGCCAGAUUAUUCUCCAACUGCAGUUAGAGUCUAAGUUUCAGUGUUGUCUUUAAGUGUUUAUCAUGUUG